AUGCAACCCUCACGCUCUCAACCCCGCGGCCCGGGCAGCUUCAAUCCGUCAUCAAGCUCAUCUAUCCAGCCUUCACAACUUUCAACAACAUCCUCGAGACCUGCUCUGCGUCGAGUCGAAACCUCAGACGACGAAGACGAUACCCCCCGGCCGUCCAUAACAAUACCCAAGUCGCGACAACCUUCGCAACCGCAGCCCUCGUCUCCCGCGACACCGAUAUACGCACAAUUUACGACGCAUGGAAACUCAAGUACUGCGAGUUUAGGCCAUCACAACUUUUCGAGGCCAGCAAACUCAAGGUCCGUUACCCAAGGGUCGCCGGCGACACUGAUCAAGGGUCAUGCGCGCAAACAUUCAGCUACACAAGGCUCCUUUGAACCUACCCUACCAUCCAUGAGUAUUUCGAAUAUAUCUUCACAUCUCGGAAUGUCUCAACAAAAUCCAUCUACCACUUCCAUGUCCGCCGCGGCGGCAGCGGCUGCAGCUGCCUCUGCCUCCAAUGUUAGCUUGUCCGCGAGCCAGAUGGCGGCGCAGGCGGCCGUCAUGUCACAUCAGAACCAUUCACGUCAGCGAUCGCAGACAGUACCUUUCCCCGGCGAUCCGAACGAUGGUGUGCGGCGAGGGAGCGGUAGCAAAGGUCCCACGAGUCCGCCAAUGCUGAGUUUGACGGAGGCAAGUGCGCCAAGGGAUACUGGGUUCGUGAAUCAUGGCGGAUAUGGCGGGCCUCACUCUUCUGCUGCCACGGCGGCUGCGAAUGUUGUUUUCCCUCGAUCUGGUCACACUUCUCCUAGGGUAUCACCUCAACCAUAUUCACAACCACCUCCACUGCCACCCCCAGUGACGGAAAAGCCAAGCAAGAUGGAAAAGUCCAAGGUCAAGCUUUUCUCUCGUCCAGGCAAAAUCAGCACCAAGGGUGAGUCGAAGGAGAAGCCGCUACCGAGCCCAGGAAAGAUUGGCUCUGCGCUAUCAGCUCUUCAGCGUGGGAACUUCAGUACGAACAGCCUGGUUGACCCAGGUAACCAAUCCAUAUAUAACCUCAACAACUCAUCUUCAGCGACCAUACGACCUAUCGAAACGCCUACUGAAGAAAGAGAGAAGGACAAGGAAAAGGGCAAGGAAAAGGAGAAGAAACAUCACUUUCUAUCGCGACAAAAGCAGAAGCUUAAAGAUGAAUAUCACCUCCCGUUAUCAUCCGCGGCCAGCAACUCUCGCCCAACAGAUCCCAACGCACCAAACCCAUUAUACAACUUUAAUAUCCCACCAAGCCCAGCACCCACGUCUUCAACGUUCUCCAAAACUAAAAAGGACAAGAAGAGCGCUGAGCGAUCGGAUAGCCGGUUGGAUGGCGAGUCUAGUUUCAACGGGCAAAGCGAAUGGCCUGGACCUAGUAGUCUGCCAUCUCUGUCCCAACAAUCGACCAUGUACGAUCCCAUUGAUCCAGGAAAGCUGGGCCUCCAUAACCACAUGUCGCUGGACGAUGCGUGGCCGUAUCUCAGAGCCAAGCUGCUGGUUAUCUUUGAGGGUGAGGACCUUCGACUUCCUAUAGAAGACUUUAACCGUGUUGUGCAAAUGCACAUCCAGUGGUGUAUGCAUAGACGCUCUCCAAACACCAUGCUGGAAGACUUACGGGAUCUUCUACACACAGGGUUCUUGUCACUGGAUCGAACGCUGCGUCAGACCCCCGAAGAUCGCUUUAUUCCGACGCUUGUGGAGCUUUGGAUGUUUACCUUCACCUCCAUCUUGCCGUACAUGCAGGCCGUCUUCCUCCCGCUGGAUCUCGAGGUAUCAGGCUGCGGUACACUUAUGACCGGCGAGCAAGCUCGUGAGUUCUGGGGAGGUGCUGUCACUUCUUCCUUUGGUUCAGGGGGGGCAGCUCGUGUGGCACCGGCACCAUCAGUCCUUGAUGUGAGAAGGCUAGUCCUCAUCGCCUAUAGAGAUACUGUCAUUCUACCACGCUACGACACGCUCAAGAACAUAUUUUCACGUCUCUCUCUCGAAUUCUUACCAUCGUCCCUUGCAAGCAUGGCAAUGUCGUCUACGCCCGAAGCGUUACUAUCCACUUCGCCUUCUGAAUCGUUUGGCCGUCCUGGCACAGCAAUGUCUCUUGAUCCAUCCAACGCUUCUUACAACUCAACAAGCACAACCCUCCUCGGAGAAGGUUCCGCCGGAGGUCGCAGUCGCGCCAUCAGCAAUGUCAGCUUUGGCAGUCACGGUAGCGAUGGUGGCUUAAGACCGUUUACACCCUCGGGAAGCGGAGGCGUUCCGCCUGUACCCUCCUUGGCCAGUCUACGGGACCGCGAGCAGAACGUUGAGGACUCGAAACACAUCACCGAAAUGGUUGGCCGGAUGCUGCAAUGCAUGAGUGUCUUGUCGGGCGUGUCGGCGGGUGAUGUUGGCGCCGAAGGAAACGAGAGAGUCGUGGAGCUAUGUAAGAUGCUGAAGCUCAACUGGCUGGGUAGAGGAAGAACAGGAAGAAACAGAAGGGGAAUGGUCGGUGGCAGAGUGAGGAGGGAUGAUAUGAGGGAUGAAGUUCGUGUUAUUUAG